ACCAUCUGAAGGAGCGGCUUUCUUUCUUGUUUCAGCACUUUUUGUAGAUACCGAACCCACCAAAAUCGUAAAUGCAAGCAAUGUGCUUAACACGAACAUUUUGCUUCCUACGAUCGCUAUAGCAUACAGGGAUCAAUACAAUUGCAAAAUCAACGGCACUACCAUGACUCCUAAAACGCGAAAGCUUGCUGUAGAUUUGGCCAACGCUUAUCGUACACUUGCAACAACUGGAGUGUUUGGGUAUCCACCAAGCCAGAACAUGUAUCAAUUGGAAUACUCCUGCUUUGCUGAGGAAUCCGCAAUAAAAAUCUGCAGUCAGCAGUCACCACUCAACCCUAUGAGGAACCUGUCCUCCAUCCCCAUAGCAGCCGCCUUCGAACUGUGGUGGGGCAAUCACGACUUUGGUGCUUUCAUUAAUAGCACUGCAGUCUACGACCCUACGUUUGAUUAUACCCUAUUUUCUCAAAUGGUUGCGGGAUACGCUGUCGGCAUAGGAUGCACCGAUACGUGCUAUGGUAAAAAAUCGGUGUUCUGCUCUUUCCUACAGUGCACGGCUAUGAGUAAUUUCGGCAUGAUUUAUGAAGUGGGAUCUGGUCCAUGUAUGUUCGACGAUGACUGCAGCACGUUCCCCGGUUCCACGUGUAACCAGAAUAAUGGGCUGUGUGUCAAAAAUCCGAACACUUCGCUUUGCCCUCCCGGUGUGUACCCGAAUGUGUAG